AUGGCCGAAUUACGGUAUAUCACCGUUGAUGGGAGUGUCCCAUUUGACGGUAUGCCACCGGAUUUUCUUGCCAGGAGUGGCCAGCAGCAUGGUAUACCUCAAAGAUAUAUCCUAGUCCCCGCCCAGCCGCCGCAAGUCACCCCAGUUCUUCCUCAACCAGAUCUUGGUGCUAUUCCUGGUUGGCAGCCCUGGCAGGCACCUCCUGGUAUUGUUCCGCCGCCCUACCAUGCUGCAUCUCCACCUCCACCGCCACCGGAAGCGCCAGAUCCAACUCCUGCUCCUACGCCAGCUCCAAGUACUGCCCCCCCUCUUCCUCCAGGCGCCUAUAUUCCGACAACCACCGAUACACCGCUAGUACUCCCCUCAGGCCAGGGUUAUAUUUUUCCAUCGUCCCAUACAACCAUUCACGUCUUUGAGUCCAACUUCCCGCCAUGGGAUCAUCCCGGCCGAUCAAUUAAUUUUCGCUCUUUUUGUACUUCCCCGACCCUAACAAUCAAAGAGCUGAUUGAACAACUGUGCCCCCAGAAGGGUCCUGACGGAAAGAAAGUAAAGAGCCGUGGAAUCACGGAGUGUCUCGAAUCAGGAGACGGCGUCUGGUUGAAAGGUUCCGAAUUCUGGGUUGGCGAAAAGGGAAAUAGUGAUUCCAUGAAGGCCAAGGUUGACCGAGCACUGGCCAAAAUUGGGUGGGACGCUAGCCGCGGAACAACGGCCCGGCCCAUUUGGCUUGCAGUAUCGAUUGUUGUUGAGUAA